UUUCGAUAUUUAUUUUUUUUUCAAAGUGACAGAGUGUAACAGGGGUUAGAUGCCGAUCGUUGGGAGAUGAACGUGUUCGUUAAGUUUCGCAGUUCUAAAAGUAGCUGAGUGAAAUUGGGUCUACUUUCGGCUUCCGUGAUCCAGCAUGAACGCAUUAUACCAUAAAUAUUAGGGGAAACAUAAUCGGGUUGUUCCAAGCGGCCACCUUCGUUGACUAUGUAACGUAACAAGCGAUCAUCCUGUACAUUCGAGUAAGGGAAAGAGCCGAACGUGCCGAUUUCCCAGAGUACCACUCCGAAAGCCCAUACAUCGCUUUUCGAGAUUAUCAGAGCUACCUGAAAAAUUGUGGCGACAUUGAAGUGGGACAUUCUAUAAACACACAGUUAAUAUGAAGAUAAGAAGACGUCAAAACUAUUUAUUAUUAUUGAAAGGACAUGGCCUCGGCCACUAUAUCACCAACUGAGGAUGACGAGCUGACCUUACCCCGUGCGUCAAUUAAUAAAAUGAUCAAAGAGAUCUUGCCGCACGUGCGCGUGGCCAACGAGUCUCGAGAGUUAAUACUGAAUUGUUGCACGGAGUUCAUUCAUCUACUUUCCUCUGAAGCCAAUGAAAUUUGCAAUCAGCAGCAAAAGAAAACCAUAAACGCUGAGCAUGUUCUCCAGGCACUGGAGAAACUUGGUUUCGGAGACUAUAGUGCAGAAGCGGAGGCGGUUCUGCGAGACUGUAAGGCUGUCGCAGCUAAACGGAGACGUCAGAGCACUAGGUUAGAAAACUUAGGAAUUCCGGAAGAAGAGCUUUUAAGACAGCAACAAGAAUUGUUUGCUAAAGCACGAGAAGAACAAGCAGUCGCUGAACAACAACAGUGGCAACAGCUACAGGCAGUCGCACAGAUGGCUUCAAUGCAGCAGGCUGACAGCGAGCAAGAAGAUUACUCCUAAACAUGUAUCCGGAAAAAUGAAGUGCGUUGUGUCAUUCUAGCGGCAGCAAUCGAUCUUAACACAGUGCCGAUUUUUCAGUUGCAACGGACAAACGAAUAUUCCUUUGGUUUCAGUAAAUCCCAACAAUGCUACCGUUCAUGUUAUUAGUUUCUCGUCAACUGAUUUAUUGAAAUUUGUACAUGUCACUUAUGUAUGUAUAUUAUUUCCAACAAAAGGAGAUCAUUGUUUUUCUACUUUUGUCCUUUGUCAUCUUCUUGAACCACGAUAGAAGUUUUCAUGAAUAUCCAGGUUGUUAAUAUUACAAUCCACUUCAUUGGAGCAGAAUUUUUCCCUGAAAUUAUAGCUUCAUGUUACGCAUCUUGUUUCUUUCGUUUCUUGGAUCGUGUGAUUAUAAUAACCUCCAACUUCUAUCUAUUAUAUACUUUUACGCGCAUAUUACACACCGUUUGUGCGUGUAAGGGUAUCGUUACUUUGCGCACGAAGUGCUCGAGGAAAACGAGUCUCAGUAGUAUAUAUAUUUUACUCAAACGAGACGAGUUUAAGGCAUUAAUCUGCCGUACUCGGAAGAGAGAUGACUCUUUUUAAUUGCCUCCAUUACCCUUGAAACAUAAUGGUACCUAAACCAUGAAAAAUAUUUAUAAGUUGGGAAUUAUUGCAGAAACAUUUGUGUUAUUAUACUUACCAAUUUCUUUCAGUUAAUGGACUCGGCGUCAUUGGAUUUUUGCUAAUACCAUGUAUUUUUGUUUUUAACCUUUCUAUUAACUUCUUUUCGUUUUGAUACAUUGGAGUUUCUAUAAAACAACGAAUGUUAGAUUUUUUAAAUUAUACAUAAAGGAAACGUUAUGUUUUAAGAAUAUAAAUAUUGCGCUUUACCUUCAUUUACAAUUUGUGGUACAAAGUAUAAAUUUAAACUAGCAUCCACUGACUGAAUGCUUGCAUCUAAACCACUGUGAGUUUGUAAUCUUGAAGUAGAAAACACUUUACUAUAGAAAUCCUGCAAAUGUAGAAACAGUCAUGGUUUAACAUUAAUAUUUUCAAAUGUUAAUAUAUCUAAAUUUAAGAAGCUAAUGUUCUCCACCUUCAUCUUUUCCACAACAUUUGGAGUAAAAUCUUGUAGUUCAGCUUUGUUGUGUAAAAAUACAAUGUGAGGAUAAUA